CAACUUCCAGAACAUCAGAACAUGCGCAGCACCCGUUCGAGCUGCCAACGCUCGGACGAACAGGGAUCAGCCGAUGAGCUGCCAUGUUGGGGUUUGGGGGCAGCAGUCGCCAAUCGCCCUCCGACCGACGGGGCUCGUCUGGUAAGACGGCAGUGGGCGCGCCCAACCCACCAGCCUCACCCACUCCUCGCUCUCGUCCACUCCUGUGUCGGUUUACGCAACCGAUUAAUCUAUCCCCUCUCCAUUCAUGAACUCCCCGCCAAUCACAUACCCUGCAGCCAAAUCAAUAGUGAAAGUUAGCCUGCCAUCAGACCACAGCAAGUCCGCAACAGAGCGAGAGUCCCCUGAAUCCCGACCGUCCCUUGCAGGCGCGGUUGGCUCGGGCUUCCUGCCCAGCCAUUUAAAUCGAACCAGCUGCUGCCCAUCUCUCAUCGGCUCAUCCUGCGAUUUCAUUUCCACGUGGCAGCGAUCUGCAGAAUACGAUCCACGAUGCCCUCGAUCGCGUCUUGGCUCCUCACCACCGGCUUGGCCGCCCUAACCAGCGCCUCCGGCCUCAAUGACAGCCUCGUGGCUCAGCAGAUCGACACCCAGCCCUUCCCCUAUGACUUCCCCAAGCUGGGCGUCAAUGGCGCAGACCUCUUCCCCAUGCGGGACUGCCGCGGCUUCCAGCUGGAAGAGGCCACCAUCGACGAGAUCCAGGCCGAGCUCAAGGCGGGUCGCCUGACCGGGGUGCAGUUGUUGCAGUGCUACCUGGAGCGCAUCUACCAGGUGCAACCGUAUACCAAUGCGGUUAUGCAACUCAACCCUGAUGCCAUGGCCAUCGCCGAGGCUCUGGACGAGGAGCGUCAGCAGGGCACCGUGCGGGGCCCGUUGCACGGCAUUCCGUUCCUGGUCAAGGACAACAUCGCCAGCAAGGACAAGAUGGAGACGACGGCGGGCAGCUGGGCUCUGGUGGGCUCUGUGGUCCCUCGCGACUCGCACGUGGUCCACCGCCUGCGCGAGGCGGGUGCGGUGCUUCUGGGCAAAGCGACGCUCAGUGAGUGGGCGGACAUGCGGUCCAACGACUAUUCGGAGGGCUAUUCGGGCCGUGGUGGCCAGUGCCGCAACCCCUACAACUUCACGGUCAACCCUGGUGGCAGUAGCUCUGGCUCGGGUGUGGCGGUCACCAGCAACCAGGUGCCUUUUGCUCUGGGUACUGAGACGGACGGUAGUGUGAUCAACCCGGCCGAGCGCUGUAACAUUGUCGGCAUCAAGCCCACGGUGGGCCUGACCUCCCGGGCGGGUGUCAUCCCCGAGUCUCUCCACCAGGACACGGUCGGCACCUUUGGCAAGACCGUUCGGGAUGCUGCAUACGCGCUUGAUGCCAUCUAUGGCAUUGACCCUCGGGACAACGAGACCUAUGCCCAGCAGGGCAAGACCCCUGCCGGCGGCUAUGCGCAGUUCCUCACAGACAAGUCGGCCCUCAAGGGGGCGGUCUUUGGUCUGCCCUGGCUGUCGUUCUGGCAGUACAACGAUGCCGCGCAGAACGCGCAGCUGACCGAGCUGCUGGAGCUGAUCGAGGCGGCGGGUGCCACCAUCAUCAACGGUACGGAGCUGCCGUACUACAAGGACAUUGUUGACCCGGCGGGCUGGAACUGGGACUAUGGUACGGAGCGCGGCUACCCCAACCAGUCCGAGUACUCGUACAUCAAGGUGGACUUUUACAACAACAUCCGGGACUACCUGGCGGAGCUGAACAACACCAACAUGCGGUCGCUGGAGGACCUGGUGCAGUACAACAUUGACAAUGCCGGUAGCGAGGGUGGUAUCCCCGGGGUCAACCCGGCCUUUGCCUCGGGCCAGGACGGUUUCCUGGCCUCCCUGGCCACCAAGGGUGUGAUGAACGAGACGUACUGGCAGGCGCUGGAGUACUGCCGACGCACCAGUCGGGAGGACGGUAUUGACGCGGCGCUGCACUACCAGGGUCGCAACCUGACGGCCUUGCUGGCCCCUCCCGACUUUGCGCCGUCGGUCGAGAUCGCCGCCCAGGCCGGGUACCCGGUGGUGACGCUGCCCGCGGGCAUCAACAAGGGCUCGAAGAUGCCGUAUGGGUUGGCCCUGAUGGGCACGGCGUACUCGGAGGCGACGCUGAUCAAGUACGCGAGUGCGAUCGAGGACCUGCAGCUGUCGUCCAACACGACGUGGAAGCGUAGCUUGGCGACGUGGAGCGGCUACCUGGAACGGAACAUUCCGGUGAACUGA